AUCGAUGCAGAAAUAGCCUAGCUGAAUCGAACAGACUUUUCGGCCGUCUGUCUGGAGCGAAUACCUUACACAGCCCAUACCAAUUCAAGCUGAUGUUGUCAAGAACAAGAGUCACGUGAUGUAUGAAGGCAAACACAUACACUUCUCAGAGGUGGACAAUAAGCCGUUGUGCUCAUACAGCCCAAAGCUCUGCAAGCAACGCAGACUAAAUGGCUAUGCUUUCUGCAUCCGGCACGUUCUGGAGGACAAGACGGCCCCCUUCAAGCAAUGUGAAUAUGUGGCAAAGUACAACAGCCAGCGAUGUACCAACCCCAUCCCCAAGUCGGAGGACCGCAGAUACUGUAACAGCCACCUGCAGGUUCUGGGCUUUAUCCCCAAGAAGGAACGGAAGAAGAAGCAUGACGCUUUGGAGGAGAUGCGCUCCCGGGCUCACCUGGAGUCAGUGGCUCUCAACAUAACUGUGCCCUCUCUAGCUCUGAAAGCUCACAAUGGUCUAGGUGAACUUCCGCCAUCUCCUCCCUGUACACGCCUGUUACCCCUCCCCGAUGAGGAACUCCUGGACCCUUUUGCCUUUUAUGAGGACGACACAGAUGGGGAGGAGGUGGGUACUCCUCGGAAGGGCAGCGCCAUCAAGAAGAAACUACAGAGUCGGCUGUUGCUCAACCAGAAACUCUGCCAUGACACGGACCUCUUCCAGCCACCUCCUGAGCACUUUACUCCCUCCCCUGCCCCCCGUGUCCACCCCUCCUCGCCUCUCAACACUCAUCUCCCACGGCAGCAGUCAGGUCUUCUCCAGCCGCCCCAGCACUCCAGCGUGACUUCCUUCAUCUUCCCAGGACAGCAGCAGGGUUUAUUAUGCAAUCCACCACCACCUCAGACGGUCAACUUUCUGCCUCCAGGGAUGCCCGCUAAUGCAGCACCCAGUCCAGUGCAGCCUUCUGGGCCGUCACUCAGCAGGAAAAUGCCUUUCACCGCUACUCACUUGCCUGUCAGUUGCAAGGACAUUGGCAGUAACAAUCAGCGGCACACGGUUGUCAUGCGUCCCGCUGCCUUCUCACCUUCUGCCAGCUGCCUGGCCAGGUUGCAACAUCUGGUGCAGCUCUGUGCCAAGACGCACCAGGAGCACGGAGACCUCUUUCCUCAUCUAGGACUGGACUGGUCAGAAGACAGUGCUGCUGAUGAUGAUGAUGAAGAGGAGGAGGCAGAGACUUUUGUUCCUUUCCAGAGCUCGUGGAGACCACAGAAUGAGUUGGAGGACGACAGCGGUUCCUCGCGGAGAACGCGGCUGCUUAGGCUUUGUUCGUAUCUCCGGGAGAAAUACAAGCACAUGUGCAGGCAGGAGAGGGCGAGUAUCCGCCAAAAGAGAUACCGGUAUGCCUUCCGCAAAGCCUUGCUGCACGCUGCCAGUAACAACCCCGACUGUGCUGGCCAGCUGAUCCAGGAGUUACGUGGUGCCUCUCGAAGCUCCUCAAGUGUGGCUCCGGCGAGGCAGCAGAGCACAGAUGCGGGGACCUGCACCGGCAGCACAAAGGGCCAGGCCUGCAACAACCGAGCUCUGCCCUUCACUCGACACUGCUUUCAGCACAUUCUGUUGAAUCGUUCCCAGCAGCUCUUCGCUAGUUGCACAGCCAAAUUUGCAGAUGGUCAGCAGUGCUCCAUCCCUGUGUUUGACAUCACGCACCAGACACCACUCUGUGAAGAGCAUGCCAAAAAAAUGGAUAAUUUCCUGCGAGGGGACGGUAACAGACGAGUGCAGCACCACCAGCAGCAGCAACAGCGAAAGCCACGUAAAAAGACCAAACCACCGGCACUCACCAAAAAACACAAGAAGAAGAGGAGGAGAGGACCGCGGAGGCCUCAGAAACCCAUCCCUCCAGCGCUGCCACAGGGGAACCUGGGAAUGCCUUCUACAAGCCUAGCGAUGCCCUCACAGGCCAGCAUCAGGAGCCCGUCAACUCCAGACAUGAGUACGGAGGAGCUUCCGGACGACAUCACCAAUGAAAUGGCAGACAUUCCAAAUGACCUCGAGCUGAACCAGGAGGAUUUCUCCGACGUGUUACCGAGACUACCUGAUGACCUGCAGGUCUUCGACUUGUUUGAAGGUAAGAAUGGAGAUUUAUUGCCCACCACGGAAGAGGCUGAGGAGCUGGUGCGUGCACUGCAGGCGAUGGGGUCCUACCCAGACUCUCUGGUGUGCCUGACCUCCAUGGGAGACCUGGCCCCAUCUGAAGGAGUGGACCACCGAGCCAUGACCGUGUUCCCUGGUCCAGUCCAGCCGGGUAGCAUGGGGGACCUGCUCAACAGCCGCAUGCCUACGGAGAACUUCACCAGCCUCGAGCUGGAGGACAACUUACUGCAGUCCACCGGGGGCCACUUCCCCCCCUCACCGCCAUCUCAGCCCGCUAACCAGCCCCAGACGUCAUCUUCUUCUACAGUAGCCCCCACCAACCCCUCCCUGCUCACGCAGACCUCCAUAGCAGAGCGAACGUUUUCCCGGACGCACGCAUCCCACAUCCUGACCAAGUCGGAUGCGCCCACAUCGUCUCCCCAAGGCAGCCACUACAGCAGUGAGCACGUGCCAUCCCCGUACAGUGACCACAUAUCUUCUCCCCACGCCAGCACCUUCCAGACAGACACCCCUCUGCUGCUGGAAGUCCCUCUCAGCGGGGUACCGGGACCCCCGCGCUCGUCAUGGAACAAUCUCCCUCUCCCCCUCACGGACCCCACACAGUUCGGCAAUCUCAUAGGAUCAGAAAGUCAUCUCAUAUCCACCUCCCUGUCCACACCCCCAGCCACCACGCACUCUGUGACGCUGCAGCCCAUGUCGGCGCUCUCGGCGAUGCCCCAGAGUGGCUUGAAGGGUUUAACGACUUCCCCCGCCCCCUCAUCCUCCCUCCCGGCCUCUUCACACGAUCUUCUGACCUCCACGCACCCCAAGCAACAGCUCCCACAGUUCAGCGCGGCCUUUGGCCAUCAACUGGCCUCCCACAGUGGCAUCCCGAAAGACGUUCAGCCGAGCCACAGCUCCACAGCGCCCCCCGCUGGCUUUUCCAUCGUUAGUGCCACCGCUGCAAGUGCCAACAGCGCCACGCCGCCCUUCACGCAAAGCAAAUGAGAGCCGUCGGGCCUGCAGCGGCUGCGUGGCGGACUGUGGACUCAGUCACUUACAAAUCCAGUCGUCUGGCUCCUGAUCGACCACCCCUCCUCAUCUGCUACAUGUGUGCAAUGUGGUAAUAGUGCACUAUUUGAUAAUGAAUUUGCACAACCUCAAUAUUUUCUAUUUUCAUUCUUUUGAUCCUGUAGCCAGGCGGUCUCUGGGAUUUUUAAGUCGGUGUGAGUCCACUAGUUUGAUGCCUUGUGGUUCCGUCAGCAGUGGGGGGGUGGGGGGACACAGUCAGAUUUUGUGAUGAAAUAAACGGGUGAAAAUUCGAGGAAGGACCUUAGCAGAGAUUAUCUGUCGCAGUGCUCAGAAUUCAUUGACGUAGAAGCCUCAAUCGGUGGUCGGUUUGUUUGCCAGUUCAAGUCCUGUCUUUUUAAAUGAUCAACUGUACCCUGCCUUGCUCAGACAGCCAUUGCAUCUCCACCUGUUCAUACACGGCUUCUGUCACCCUCUGGAAAAACAAAGAGUACAGGUUGUGAUAUGUGUGACCCCCCCCCCCCCCCCCCCCAUUAUGUUUCAAGCUAUUUAACUGUUAUCAUGAUAUAGAAUCUUACCGAGUCAGAUUUCACAGUAUGAAUUUACCAAAAUGCUUUUAAACAGCUGUUUUUAUAUCGUGUAUACUGUUUAUGUGCUCAUUUAUCGGUUUGCUCAGAUGUCAAAUAUCUCCGACCUCACCAUUGGUUGUGGGACUCUGAGUGGCCCAGUAGACACUUGAAGGUAAAUAUAGUUUCUUAAAGCAAUAAACACAUUAAC